CUCCCUGAAGCAAGCAAAGGGACCGAAACACGCAGAAGUCAGGCUACGUAUCACUGCCCAUUAACCUACAACCGCCUGGACUUUGCACAGCCGCUACGGAGCCCAUCCUUCACCAAAAAGGGGCCAUUACGGGCUGCAUCAGCUAGACAAAGAAACCCGCCUAAGCCGGUAGAGGCAAUCAGCAGCCAAAGAAGACCAGACAGGACCUUGUGCAAUAACAGUACAUUGACGGCACUGCAGUGGGCAAGUCUUUUCAUCAGCCGACUCACGCACACAAUACGGUGCCCGCCCACACACACACCACCGUAGCCGCACACGCGCGCACACGCAGACACUGACGAUCGCCGAACCAAAAAGAAAUCCAAAGCCGGUGCCAGUUACAAGUAUUAGCGCACUUCUCACUAAGUUCAGCCAGUUGGGGCCCCGUACUUGCUAGGCGGCUUUAGUGCGUUAUCCGGUAGAACCUUGUUGCGGGACCUGCUGCCUUUUUUUUUCUCACCCACCGAGGGCCGCCCCCAAAUGAAGUUCUUUGGCGCCAGCAAGAAGGAAUCUUCUUCCAAGAAACAUUCACACUCGUCCAGCCUUGACGACCGAGACCCCGCGCACCGCCAUCACUACUCGGAGCCGUCUUCCCCCACCAAGUCCUCGUCGUCCUCGUCCUCGAGAUCUCCCAAAAAAUCCUCUCGGCACGAGUCGUCACGAGACACAAAAUCGGCCUCACGCCAGUCCAGGCUCUCGAGACAAUCGACAGACCCGGGCGCAUCUUCCUCAUCUUCUUCUCGCCGAGGAAGCAAAUACGACCCCGACACUCACCCCCUCAACCUUCCCCCCGAGGAACGAAAGCGCUUCUCGACGCUUUCGCGCUCUUCCACAGCCAUGAGCGCCAACGAUGCCAUGGAUAUUGACCGGGAGCCCGUUAACGGCGCUUCCGGUUCGCCUAAACCAUCAGCACAAGCAAACUUCUCGGUUCCAAUUCCCAACGGUACCAUGCAUGGCGAGCCUCCUGCCCCUCCUCCUCACAAAUCUGCCCCCCCAAGCCCCGCGCCGUCUACCGUUGACGAGGCCGAGGCUUUCAAGGCUGCCGGCAACAAAUUCUUCAAAGAAAAGGAUUACAGAAAGGCUAUUGAACAGUACUCCAAUGCCGUCAACCUGAUGCCCGAAUCCUCGACAUACCUUAGCAACCGUGCUGCCGCCUUCAUGUCCAACGGCCAGUACAUUGCCGCCCUUGAGGACUGCUCACGAGCUGCCGAUAUUGACCCUCAAAACCCCAAAAUUUUGUUGCGUUUGGCUCGUAUCUACACUGGCCUCGGCCAGCCAGAUGAGGCGCUCCUGACAUUCAGCCGCAUCGAGCCUGCGCCGUCUGCCAAGGAUAUGGCUCCCGCUAAGGAGAUGCAGCAGUACAUAAACUCGGCUAAAGAAUCUCUGGAGAGAGGCACUGCCAUGUCCAUGGUUCUCCACGCCUUGGACCAAGCCGAACGCUACUUGGGUCCCGGAGUCAGCAAGCCGCGCAAGUGGCAGUUGAUGCGAGGUGAGGCGUACCUGAAGAUGGGCCGUGAAAACUCUCUGGGUGAGGCUCAGAAUAUCGCCAUGAACCUGCUCCGCAACAACAACCAAGAUCCCGAGGCUUUAGUCCUGCGAGGAAGAACACUUUACAACCAGGGCGACAACGAAAAGGCUAUCCAGCUCUUCCGUGCCGCCGUCAGCUGCGACCCCGACUUCCGCGACGCCAUCAAAUGGCUCCGCAUUGUCCAGAAGCUUGACCGCAUGAAGGAGGAAGGAAACGUUGAAUUCAAGGCUGGCCGACAUGCUGCUGCCAUUGAAAAGUAUACCGCAGCCCUCGAAAUCGACCCCUCCAACCGCGCUAUCAACGCCAAACUUCUCCAAAACAGAGCCCAGUGCCACAUCAAGCUCAAGCAGUACGAUGAGGCCAUCGCCGAUACCGACCGCGCCUACAGCUUGGAUCCCAGCUACAUUAAGGCCAGGAAAACCAAGGCCAACGCUCUUGGACUGUCCGGCCAAUGGGAGGAAUCUGUUAAGGAGUGGAAGAAUGUCCAAGAACUUGACCCUGAGGACCGCACCAUUCCUAAAGAAGUUCGUAAGGCCGAGCUUGAGCUUAAGAAGAGCCUGCGCAAAGACUACUACAAGAUUGUCGGCGUCGAGAAGACUGCUGGCCCUGACGAGAUCAAGAAGGCUUACCGCAAAAUGGCUAUCAAGCUGCAUCCUGACAAGAACCCUGACGACCCAGAGGCUGAAGAGCGAUUCAAGGAUCUGGCUGAAGCCUACGAAACUCUUAGUGACCCUGAGAAGAAGGCUAGAUACGACAACGGUGACGACCUCAUGGACGCGGCCGAUAUGUUUGGCGGCGGCAUGGGAGGCGGCAUGGGCGGCAUCGACCCUGAGAUUCUCUUUAGCAUGAUGGGCAACCAAGGCGGCUUCGGCGGCGGUGGAGGCUUCCGCAGCGCUGGUGGUUUCCCCGGAGGAGCCGGUGGCUUCCCUGGCGGCGCUAGCUUCAACUUCAACACCGCUGGAGGUGGCCGUGGCCGUCCCGGCCAAGGGUUCGGCGGUGGUGGUUUCCCCUUCUCAUGACGGCCAAGCGCUAGCAACGGCGCGGGAGACGACGCCGAAGAAGAGUGGGAGGCACAUCCGCCAUAUGAAAAAAGUGACGACCAACAGGACGCAUACAACUCUCAGAAGACUCGGUUUGAUUCAGACCAGUUCGUCCGACGCAGGGAGUCUCGGGAUCAAUGGGUUGCCAUCAUCCGAACAUAUGGUGCAUUCCUUGUUGGUGCAAUGGUGCUGUUGCCAGCGCAGUUGGUUCUCUUGGGCUCGAUCCUUCUAGCUGUUGUGUAUAUCUGCACAAGAUAUAUUUGGCAGCGCUUGAAGCGUGAUUGAAAAUAAAAAAGUAUAAUGUUGGGAGACGGGCUCUUAGCCUGCUCUUAUUUCUUUUCCCUUUCUUUACGCAAUCCUUGCAGCUUACUGGACAUACGCCUUCAACACGCAGUUUGGGCUGUCCCUGCAAGGGCUAGUUUUUCAUAUAUCGCUUUUUAUUUUUGUUUCUAGUUGGAUCUUGGCGGCAAUUCACCGCAGUCUAAAAGGACAUGCUGGCUGAAAUGAUACAGAAGAGGAAUGGUAUGAAGAGGAUGGACAUGCAUAGGAGAAACAUCAUUGUCACGGCGCAAUUUGGGGAAAAACAGAUAGACAUCAAUCGGAAUAAAAAUGUUCUAAAAUAACCCUUUGUAUACUUAUUAAAAACCACGAUCAUAUGCACCUUGUUAAACACCGAACGCCUGUUCCUUCGAGCCAAGAAUAUUUACGCCGUCAUUGCGGCAGAUUGGGGUUUGUUGCUGUGGACGUAAUGCUUGUAGACGCAUUCGCAGAUUCGUCUACGCCCGAUGGCUCGCUUAGCGACGCAUCAAGAGCUGCUUUACUGCCCCCUGUCGCUUCGACAACGCGAACAACGUCUUCUCUCAGCUCAGGGUUUGCCUUGCAUAUGUUCUUAGCAAGCACGUCGCGGAAGUCGGCAAAGGCGUGUGUCUUGCCGCGCAUAAGCUGGUUGCCGCGGCGCACGAGUUCGACGAACUCGCGAGUGUAGAUGUCGGGAUUGCGGCCGUUUUCGACAUACUCCAGGAGCUCUGGCGGCACGGAAGGGAGCGAGUCGGGCGCCGAGGCGGUCGUGUGGACUUUUUGCAGUGACUUGGAGAGCGUUUGG